CCGGAGCUUGUUUUUCGUACUACACAGCCUGUUCGUUUUUUUUCAGUUGGGGUCCUUUGAUACACGAGGUGGUGUUAGCCAUGUUUCUGUCUCACCUGCAUGCCGUCGGCUGCCUUCGUCCUCGUCGCGUUUCAAAUUGAGAUUCAGCUCCUGGACCGAGCUACCAGCGGACUGAAGAACUAGGGCUUGUCACCAUGGAAACGUAACGUGAUGGAGUUCCCCCAGCAUUCCCAGCAGCUGCUGUCAGCUCUGCGCUCCCAGCGCCAGCGGGGCUUCCUCUGCGACUGCACCGUCCUGGUGGGCACAUCCCGUUUCCUGGCUCAUAGGGCUGUUUUGGCCUGCUGCUCGCCUUUCUUCCACAUGUUCUAUUCAGACUCUCCAGGGGUCAGCGCUGGGAACAGCAACAGCAGCUCUGUCACACUUGAUAGCGACAUUGUUACGUCUGCUGCAUUUGGCUUGCUCUUGGACUUUGUCUAUGAAGGCGUGCUGCAGCUGGACGAGUCGCCACCAGUGGAGGACAUUUUGGCCGCUGCUAGCUUUCUGCACAUGAAUGAAGUGGUGAGAGUGUGCAAGAGACGGCUGCAGAGACGAGGGCCUCUGGCUGAGGCAGACAGCACUCGCUCUGAAGAGAGCGCUGGUGCAAGGAAGGCAAUAGAGACAGGCAGGGAGGGUGGGGGUGAUGUUGGAGCUGAUCCUGCGGUAGCCAUGGCAGGAGAUCACUUGAAUCUUGUCGCCAUGGCAGCGCCACUCUCAUCAGCAUCCAUAACAGCAGAAAGGAGUCAGUUGGAGUCUGUGAAGUCUGAGCGGAGGACUGGUGGAAGGUCAUCAGAGGCAAGAGUUCAGACUCCUCUGAGCCCUGACCUCGCUGAUACCACGCAGCCAGGAAUGGGCGCCCCUCCUCUACCCCCAGGUGGAGAGCUGGUGCAGGGCCUCAUCGUGGGCCCGUCUGCCCCUGCUUUGGGAGGUUACGCCAGGUUGAGGACGGGAGGUCAGGGAGAGGGUUCGGCCCUCUGCAGCCCUUGCAGCACCACUGAAACAUACAGCCACAGCAGCAACCAGCAGCCGUCCUCGUCUUCUUCCUCCUUGGUGCCAGGGAGUCAGGCCAGUGGCCGGUCAGUGGUUGCUCUUUCCCAGUCAGAGUCUGGCUGCCCGCCCAGCCCCCAUCAGGACGUAGCACGGCUGCCCCGUGAUGACUCUGUUAGGAAGCACUCAGAGACUGACCACAGAGGUACACCAGGCGGAGGACAACAGAUGGUCAUGCUAAUCCAAGCAUCAGCACUAACCUCACGCCCAGAAACAAACCCAACACACUCGGCUCCAGAGCGUGCACUUCCCCAGAUACGAAUCCAGAGCACUGUGUCACUCCAACGCCAAAGUUUCGACUUCCACUCUGCUCAGACCCAAGCGCUGAGAGGACCUGAGGGGGACACGAGAGCUUUACACACCUCUAGAAAUGAAAGAUCACACCCUCUUUUGGGCAGAGGGAGGACAGACGACAAUGACGGAGAGAAUGUGGAAGUCAAAGUGGAGGCCAUAGUUAUAUCUGACGAAGAGCUGGAGGAGGAGAAAGCGGAAAGCGGGGAGAGGGAACCAGUGAUGGAAGUAGACGAUGAGUUUGAAGAUGACAUCCAAGAAGAGGAGCUGAACAGCCCUCAGUUUCUCUCCUCCCACCCACAGGGCCUCUCACAAAUUACCUCCCAUUCAAAUGACUACUCCUUCCCUCUCUCUCCCUCCUCCUCCUCCUCCGGUGCCGGCCCUUCCUCCCAGGACACUUCCUCCUUCGCUGCCUCCCUCAUUCAUCCGUCCACAGCUCAGCUUCAUUCAGACCCCCCUGCCUACUUCCAGGACUUCCAGGACUCUAUGGGGAACUUUGUAGAGGAUGUCCCCACAUGUGGAGUCUGCGGGAAGACCUUCUCAUGUACAUACACACUAAGGCGCCACGCUAUCGUGCACACACGCGAACGUCCGUACGAGUGUCGCUACUGCUACCGGAGUUACACACAAUCAGGGGACCUUUACCGACACAUUCGCAAAGCUCAUGACCACACGCUGCCAGCCAAACGCAGCAAGGCAGACAUAGAGCCCUCCCUGCCACCACAGCCGCCGCCACCACCACCUCCACCACCUCCACCACCUCCACCUCUUAGCUAACACACAAACAGAGCCACUUGUAUUUCUAUACUUACACACACAUACUUAAAUUUUUCCUGAAUAGCCUAACUUGAAUUCUACCUUCAAGCCUAAAUUGAGUAGGGCGCCAACAUAUUUCCUGGAUGAACCAAUUAAUUUUUUGGUCUAUAAAAUGUCACAUCACAAAUCACAAUCAAAAGUCUGAAAUGACAAUUUCAAAUGUCAGUUUUUUUCAGUAUAAAAACAAAAAAUAUUAAGUUUGCAUAAAAAAAAAACAAUUAAAGGGACCAGAAAAAUAAACACAUCCCCAC